AUGGCCAGACCAGCGCCAUCGCCGUUGCUCCUGUUGGUCGUGCUGGCCGGCGCGCUGGCCGGCGGAGGCGAGGCGGCGCUGCUGAAGGCGCACUUCUACAGGCCCAGCUGCCCGGCGGCGGAGGCGGUGGUGCGCGACAUCGUGGUGGCCCGCGUCGCCGCCGACCCCGCCGCGCUGCCCGCGAGGCUGCUCCGCCUCUUUUUCCACGACUGUUUCGUCAGGGGGUGCGACGCGUCGGUGCUGAUCGACUCCAUGGCGGGCAACACCGCGGAGAAGGACGCUGGGCCGAACGGGUCGCUGGGCGGCUUGGACGUCAUCGACACCGCCAAGGCCGUGCUGGAGGCCGUCUGCCCCGGCGUCGUCUCCUGCGCCGACAUCGUCGCGCUCGCUGCAAGGGACGCCAUCUCCUUCCAGUUCGGUCGUGACCUGUGGGACGUGCAGCUCGGGCGGCGCGACGGCGUGGUGUCGAGCGCGUCGGAGGCGCUGUCCAACAUACCCUCGCCGUCGGAUAACUUCACCACCCUCGAGGCCAAAUUCGCCAGCAAGGGCCUCGACGUCAAGGACCUCGUCAUUCUCUCGGGCGCGCACACCAUCGGCGUCGGCCACUGCAACCUCUUCGGCAGCCGCCUCUUCAGCUCCACCACCACAGGUGUCGCCCCCGCCACCGACCCGACCCUCAACGCCGCCUACGCCACUCAGCUGCGCGCCGCGUGUGGGUCGCCCUCCAACAACGUCACCGCCGUGCCUAUGGACCCGGGCAGCCCCGCCCGGUUCGACUCCCACUACUACGUCAACCUCAAGCUCGGCCGUGGCCUGUUCCGCUCCGACGCCGCACUGCUCGCCGACAGCCGCGCCGCCGGCAUGAUCCACGCGCUGACCAAGGAAGGCUACUUCCUGCAGGAGUUCAAGAACGCCGUGCGCAAGAUGGGCCGCGUCGGCGUGCUCACCGGCGGGCAGGGAGAGAUCAGGAGAAACUGCAGGGCCGUCAACUCAUGA